UACGUAGGCGUCGGAUCCCCGGGGAGAGGAGGGCGAAGACUCCAUCCGCCAUGUUGGAUGCCGCAGAUUCGCCAUAACCUCUACGGCUCUUUCCCUAAAAAAAUAAAAAUAAAGAGCGAAGUUUCCUCAGGGUGUCCGACCUUCUCGCUCGGCACGGGAGAGAGCCAGGAAGAGCCCGGGGCUUUUUUUUCCUCCGCCGUGGGGACGUUGCCAUGGAGACGCGGGCGGCAGAGAACACAGCCAUCUUCAUGUGUAAAUGCUGUAAUCUUUUCUCACCAAAUCAGUCAGAACUCAUGACCCACGUUUCUGAGAAGCAUGGGGAAGAAGGGGUCAAUGUGGAUGAUGUCAUCAUUCCCCUCAGGCCUCUGAACACUCCAGAAAACCCCAAUCCAAGCAAGGGUGGAGAUGAGUUUUUUGUUAUGAAGAGAAAGAGAGGCAGGCCUAAGGGUUCCACAAAGAAGCCCAGCACUGAAGAGGAGGUGGUAGAAAACCUUGCAAGCCCCUGUGAGGACGGUCCCCUGGCUCCAGAGGAAGGGAGCAGACUGUCCCCUAGCAGCCUGGAGUGUAGCAAGUGCUGCCGGAAGUUCUCCAACACACGCCAGCUGCGCAAGCACAUCUGCAUCAUUGUGCUGAAUCUGCGUGAGGAGGAUGGAGAUGCAGGUAACGAGUCAGACCUUGAUCUAGAAAAGACAUACAAAGAAGAUGAUCGAGAAAAGGCUUCAAAAAGACCCCGGGCUCAGAAAACAGAGAAAGUCCAGAAGAUCCCAGGAAAGGAGGCAGGGCAGCUUUCUGGAGCGAAGAAACCCAUCAUCAGCGUGGUCUUAACUGCUCAUGAAGCAAUUCCAGGUGCUACCAAGAUUAUCCCAGUGGAGGCUGGGCCCCCCGAAACAGGAGCACCCCCUCCUGAGACUACUGCAGCAGACCUGGUGCCGCGGAGAGGGUACCAAGAAUACGCCAUCCAGCAGACCCCAUAUGAGCAGCCCAUGAAGUCAAGCAGGUUAGGUCCCACCCAGCUGAAGAUCUUCACUUGUGAGUACUGCAAUAAGGUGUUUAAGUUCAAGCACUCGCUGCAGGCCCACCUGAGGAUCCACACUAACGAGAAGCCAUACAAGUGCUCCCAGUGCAGCUAUGCCAGUGCCAUCAAGGCCAACCUCAACGUUCACUUGCGCAAGCACACUGGAGAGAAGUUCGCCUGUGACUAUUGCUCCUUCACCUGCCUCAGCAAGGGCCACCUCAAGGUGCACAUCGAGCGGGUACACAAGAAAAUCAAACAGCAUUGCCGCUUCUGCAAGAAGAAGUACUCAGAUGUCAAGAACCUUAUCAAACACAUCCGGGACAUGCAUGACCCGCAGGAAAAGAAGGUCAAGGAGGCCUUAGACGAGCUCCGCCUAAUGACGAGGGAGGGCAAGCGGCAGCUGCUCUACGACUGCCACAUCUGCGAGCGCAAGUUCAAGAAUGAGCUAGACCGAGACCGCCACAUGCUGGUUCAUGGGGACAAGUGGCCCUUUGCAUGCGAACUCUGUGGCCAUGGGGCUACUAAGUACCAGGCCCUGGAACUGCAUGUCCGAAAGCAUCCCUUUGUGUAUGUCUGUGCUAUAUGUCUCAAGAAGUUUGUCAGCUCCAUCAGGCUGCGCGCCCAUAUCCGAGAGGUGCAUGGGGCGGCCCAGGAGACCUUGGUAUUUACCAGCUCCAUCAACCAGAGUUUCUGCCUCCUGGAGCCGGGUGGGGACAUCCAGCAGGAAGCCUUGGGGGACCAGCUACAGCUGGCAGCUGAGGAAUUUGUGUGUCCAGAAAUUGAUGUACACAAAGAGGAGGCUUGUCCUGGGGAAGCUCAGCCUGAGGUGGGGCUGAGGGAGUUGGAGGCCCCUGGAGACACACAUGCCCCACCUGUGCCCUUGGCCACCCCCCAGAGUGAAAGUGUUCCCCUGUCCCCCUGCAAACUAGAAACCACUGUGGUCUCCUCUGACCUCAACUCUCUUGGAGUGGUUUCAGAUGAUUUUUUACUGAAAAAUGAUACCUCCUCUGCUGAGCCUCAUGCUACUGCCAGGGCAACCUCGGACACACAGCAUCGAAACUCAGCCCAGCCUCAGGGUGAAGAAGUCACAAUGCUGCUGGCCAAGGCCAAAAGUGCUGGACCAGACCCAGAGAGCCCUCCGGGUGGAGGGCAGAACAUGGUCAGUCUGCCAGCCAGUGAAUCUGACUCUAACAGGUGUCUCAGGGCAAACCCAGCAGAGGCCUCAGACCUCCUUCCUACAGUGGCUGAUGGAAGGGACCUUAGUGCGUGCCAGCCUGACUCCUGCACACCGUCCUCUGAGCACCACCCUGGCAGCACAGCAUUCAUGAAGGUCCUGGACAGUCUCCAGAAGAAGCAGAUGAACACCAGUCUUUGCGAGCGGAUCCGGAAGGUUUAUGGAGACCUGGAGUGUGAAUACUGCGGCAAACUUUUUUGGUACCAAGUGCAUUUUGACAUGCAUGUCCGCACCCACACCCGGGAACAUCUGUAUUAUUGCUCCCAGUGUCACUAUUCUUCCAUCACCAAAAACUGCCUUAAACGCCAUGUAAUUCAGAAACACAGUAACAUCUUGCUGAAGUGUCCCACUGACGGCUGUGACUACUCGACUCCAGAUAAAUAUAAGCUGCAGGCCCAUCUUAAAGUUCACACAGAGCUGGACAAAAGGAGUUAUUCUUGUCCUGUAUGUGAAAAAUCUUUUUCAGAAGACCGAUUGAUAAAGUCACAUAUCAAGACUAAUCAUCCAGAGGUCUCCAUGAAUACCAUUUCUGAGGUUCUUGGGAGAAGAGUCCAGCUCAAAGGGCUAAUUGGAAAGCGAGCCAUGAAAUGCCCAUAUUGUGAUUUCUAUUUCAUGAAGAAUGGCUCAGACCUUCAGCGGCACAUCUGGGCUCAUGAGGGUGUGAAGCCCUUCAAAUGUUCUUUAUGUGAAUAUGCAACACGUAGCAAGAGCAACCUCAAGGCUCAUAUGAAUCGUCACAGCACUGAGAAGACCCACCUCUGUGACAUGUGUGGCAAGAAAUUCAAGUCCAAGGGAACACUGAAAAGUCAUAAGCUCCUUCACACAUCUGAUGGCAGAUAUAUCAAAGCAGGAAACAGCAUGGAGUUGGCAUGGGCCUUACACUGCUGGCCCCUGCUGCACCCAACUGGAGUGAAUGGCUACCCAUGGGCCUUACACUGCUGGCGCCUGCUGCACCCGGCUGGACUGAAUGGUUACCCAUUUUCAGCUGCUCUGGUGAGAAACCAGGUCAGUUUGGACAGCCUUAUUCUCACUCAGAAAAGAUGCGUUAGCACGCUGUCAUACUCUCUUCUUCGUGAGCUAGAACUCACCCUCUACUCCACAGCUCACAGUGCCCUUUUUUGUCUGUAACACUGUCCUGUCUUGCCUCUGUUCAUUUUUUUUUAAUACAACAUAUUUGUUUCAUCAGAUGUAUAUAAAAGGAAAGGGAACAAAUUCGAUGAUUUCCUAAAAUGUGCUCCUGUGUGAAGCCGUCUCCUCUGCUCGGGUCUGACAGGGAGAUAGCAUCCCAUGCUUUUCACCCAGCUUGCUGCCCCUUCCUUCAGGUGCUCUGAAGAUGACAACUCCAUUUCCAGAUGGUCCCCCAGGCUGUCACCUCUGCUCUGCUAGUUUAGUCUCUGAUGCUCUCUGGGCCCCUGGAAAAGUGUCUGUUGGCCUCAUCACCUGGGAAUUGUGACAUUCUUUCUGAGGGCUUUGAGAAUUCCACUCUCAGCUGGAGCCAUUCAGGUCUUGGUGGUCCCUGCUUUUGUUUACACUGGCCUGCUGUAACUCAGCUCUGUCUGCUGUCCUGGUACUCCUAUGUAGGUUAUUCCUUAACAGGACAAUACAGCAUCAGGGUCCUCCCUCGGAAGUGAAAGUGGGCUUUGGUCAUACUUAUGCCCGAUAGUUCUGCCUUUGAUCAUGAUGGGCACCAUAACCAGUUACAAAGCAGACUUUUAUUUAAAAUAGUUUUGGUUACUCUUCUGUAGAUCAACCAUAAACAACCCAAGCUUUGUUUGAAAAUAUACCCUACUAAAUCCCAAUCCUGUGUAUGAUAAUUCAAACAAAAGGGUUUUGGCUGUGCUGGGGAAUGGACAAACCACUCUCCUGUUGAACUCCAAGCCCACCCCCUCGGGCAGAAUAGUUUUGAAGGCAUUUGGAAAGCUAAUCAAACUGCAUGCACAUACCAAAACCACCCAUUCUUAACUGAAAUGACAUGAGUGGUAGGACAGUUUAUACCCGUGUGCGCCGUGUGCUCUGUAACCACUGCUAAACCCUGUUGGACAGCAUCUGGCUGCUAGACAUAUUUCAAUUUCACAGAUAAGAUUUGAAAAAUACGUAUCUCAGAACUGAUGAAAGAACAUAGUUAAUGUAGAUGUGAGCAUGAGCCCAGGGAAGAGAACUUGUCCUUGCCAUCUCUGUUUUUCAGGGAAUGCAGUGGCCUCCUUGCUGUUGAUCCUCUUCUGCCCUUUGCCCUAGGGUCCUUUCUCCUGCCAGCAGCCAGUAACCCUACUGCAGCAGAGGCUAGCUCUGUCAUUUUGGGUCCACAGCCCUACCUCCAAUAUAGCUAUCCACAUUCUUCUCUUCUCCUCCUCCCCUCCCCUCU